AUGGAGGGGGAAGAAGACAGCUCACGGGCUAUUCCUGGGGCUUCACUUGGAGGCCUCCCGACACCGGCCUCCAGGGCCAGUUUUCGCUUGGGGAGCGUCUUCAAUGGGCAGGAAAUUGGGUGGGACGAUGCAAUCGCGACGAGGAGGCGUGAAGAGGUGCGGGAAUGGGAGUCUCUAGGACCUGGCCCGGUGACGGAGGAGCAAGGAACACGGGGAAAGGAGAAGGACCCGGAUUGGAGGCCGGCUCCGGGGGAGGCGGCCGGCACGAGUGGAGGAUCGGGUGAUGAGGGUUGGGGAGGGAGAGGAGCGGGCCAGGCUGGUGGCAGUGGCGCGCGUGGCAGCGGUGCAGCAGCAAAGAGGCCACGCCCGAGUGGGCCUGUGGGGUCGGGAGCUGGAGGGGCCGGGCCGGCGUCGAAUUCGCAGCCGCAGGGGGCAGCCGCGGGUGGUUCUGAGGUGUCGGGCGCAGCAGGGGCAGGUACCUCCGCCGCUGCGGCAGGUGGUGCACCUUUGGGUGGGUCUACGGGGGCUGGAGCUGCUGCUGUGAUUGCAAGCCAGAGGUCCGACAGGGCGGGCAGGACCCCUACCGACGAGGAGCUAGACCCAUGGACUGAGGAGCCAGACAACCUGACGUUUCCCGAUGGGGGAUGGGGUCCGGAUGUCCCCGACCAGACAGCGUGGCCUUGGGAGCAUGCAGCCACGUGGCCCAGGAUUGUACAGACACCAGACAGCGCUGUGACUGGCGGAUCCGAGGCUGGUGGGAGUAGGCAGAUGAGCAUGGCCGCAUUCGUCACGCCGCGUGUUCAUGGCCAGCAGCUGCGCGAGGGAUUGGUGCUGCUAUUUGCGGCAGCUGACCUUCCGUUUCGACUUGUUGAGUGUCGCGAGUUCAAAGCAUUUGUCCAGAUGCUGAACCCGGGAGCUGCGCUACUGCUCGGCUCACGCCAUCGCUUGGCACGGGACAUGCAGGCAUACGGGGAGGCUGCUCGGGAGGACAUGCGGCAGCUACUGGUGGGUGAUGGCCUGGCGGGAAGGAUGUCCCUCACCUUUGACAUCUGGACCGGUGAGAACAACGUGGCCUUCAUGGGGGUGACUGCCCACUAUGUCACCAGCGAUUUCCAGCUAAAACAGGCUGUUAUAGACUUCAGGGAGCUUAAGGGCUCUCAUACGGGGGACUUGAUAGCCGAUGAGCUGGAGGAGGUGUUGAGGGAGUGGGGCUUGGAGAAGAUGCUGUUCGCCGUGACGUGUGACAACGCCGAGAACAACAGCAGGGCGAUGCGUCUGCUGGCCGGUGUAUCUGACGCCAGGCCGGGCUCACGGCCCAGGCACCCACCACUGCUCAGUCGCUGGAGGCACUUCAGGUGCAUGGCGCACAUCGUCAACCUUGCAGUGCAAGCUGCACUGAAGGUUGACGAGGUGGCCGAGCCACUCAAGAGGCUGCGAGACGUGGCGAACUACAUCGGCUGGUCCACACUGCGCACAGAUCGUUUCUUCGAGCUCCAGAAGGGAUACGCGGCGACCCGGCCCCAGGGUCCUCCAGGUUCUCGGCGACCAUCGCGUCCGUUGCGUUUGAUCGUGGACUGCGUGACGAGAUGGGGUUCUACACUCCACAUGGUGAACAGGGGCUUCGAGCUGCGCAUGCCCAUUGCCAUGUUUUUCGACGAUUCAGAUUACAACACGCUGAUUGAUCUGCAGGAGAAGGCACAGCGCACUCCUGGCAUCUCCCCUCUGCGCUCAUCGCUGAUCACUGCUGCUCUGAGCAAGCUGGAGCGACACAUGGGGGGUGUGAGCGAGGAGGCAGCGAUAGCCACUUUCUUGGACCCGCGCCAGAAGCUCGCGCCCUUCAAGCACCGAGUCAGGGCAGCAGAGGGGAAUUCGAGAGGGACAACACUGGAGCUAGGACCUGAUAGGGUGAAGGCCCUGGUACGAGCGCGCCUUCCAGAGUACCAGGCAGCCAGCACCACGGCGCUGCGAGAUGGUGGGGAGGUGACUAGUGCGAGGGGUGCAGGGGUGCAUGCGUCGGCAGGGGGUGGGGCUGUGGAUGCAUCGGCAAAUGUCAGCAUCCAAUAA